CCUCAGCCACGCGCACAGUCAGGGGCUCCGCGGCUCUACGGAUAAUCAUAUACGCCCAGCACUGCGAUGCUGGUACCUGGUAAAGGGCUGAAAAAAUAUCCAAGCUCCCCAUGACUGUAUUUCGAUAGAAUGAUCCAGAAAUCCGGCAACGGCGGUGUUUACACCGGUCCAGCGGCGGAGAAAAAGCUCAAAGUAGGCUUUGUCGGGCUAGAACCUGGGGCUACGGACUCGAACAAAGAUGCAGCGCUCCUCAUAGCAGGUGCAGACGCGACAACGCGGGGCAGCAUCCUUAGCAAACCGAGAUCCAGCCUCUCCGGCAAACCCAAGCCUCCGAAGAGAACUGUCUUCUACAGAAGACUGCAGAAUUUUCUUUACAAUGUUUUGGAGAGACCAAGAGGAUGGGCAUUUAUUUACCACGCAUACGUUUUUCUGCUGGUCUUCUCCUGUCUGGUCCUCUCUGUGUUUUCCACCAUUAAGGAGUAUGAGAAGAGCUCCGAAGAUGCCUUGUAUAUACUGGAAAUAGUCACUAUUGUAGUGUUUGGGGUGGAGUACAUAGUGAGGAUAUGGGCCGCCGGAUGCUGCUGCAGAUACAGAGGAUGGAGUGGCCGUCUGAAAUUCGCCCGCAAGCCCUUCUGUGUGAUCGAUGUCAUGGUGCUGAUUGCGUCCAUCUCUGUGCUGGCGGCUGGAACCCAGGGGAAUGUCUUUGCUACUUCUGCCAUCAGGAGUUUGAGGUUCCUGCAGAUCUUGCGCAUGAUCCGGAUGGACCGCCGUGGAGGCACAUGGAAACUCCUGGGAUCUGUCGUCUACGCUCACAGCAAGGAGCUGAUCACAGCGUGGUACAUCGGCUUCCUCUGCCUCAUCCUGGCGUCCUUCCUGGUCUAUCUGGCAGAGAAAGAGGACAACGACCAGUUUGAGACCUACGCAGACGCACUGUGGUGGGGCCUGAUCACCCUGACUACCAUUGGGUAUGGAGACAAGUUUCCCAUAACGUGGAACGGGCGUCUUCUGGCCGCAACCUUCACCUUGAUUGGAGUGUCUUUCUUUGCACUUCCAGCAGGUAUAUUGGGCUCUGGCUUUGCCUUGAAGGUCCAAGAGCAACAUCGACAAAAACACUUUGAGAAGCGGCGGAAUCCUGCGGCAGGGCUUAUUCAGGCCGCGUGGCGCUUCUACGCCACCAAUCUCACCCGGCCAGACCUGGAGUCGACGUGGGAUUAUUACGAGCGCACCGUAUCCGUGCCGAUGUACAGUAGACUGAUCCCGCCACUAAAUCAACUGGAUCUACUAAGAAAUCUGAAGAGCAAGUCGGGACUGUCAUUCAGGAAGGAACCCCAACCAGAACCCUCCCCAAGUCAGAAGGUCAGCCUGAAGGAGCGCGUUUUCUCCAGUCCCCGGAGCUCGGGGACAAAAGGGAAAGGUUCACCCCAGGGCCCCAGCGGACAAGGCAGCCAGGGUCAAGGCCAGGGGGGCCAAGGCCAGGGCCAACCCAUCCGCCAGUCCCCCAGUGCGGACAACACCAACGAAGACAGCCCCAGCAAAGUGCCCAAGAGCUGGAGUUUCGGAGAACGCAGCCGGGCACGUCAAGCCUUCCGCAUCAAGGGCGCAGCCUCGCGCCAAAACUCGGAAGAAGCCAGCUUCCCUGGAGAGGACAUAGCGGACGACAAUAAGAGCUGCCACUGUGAGUUUGUCCCUCAGGACUUGACUCCCGGACUUAAGGUCACCAUCAGGUCCAUUUGCAUUAUGAGGUUCAUGGUCUCCAAGAGGAAGUUCAAAGAGAGCCUGCGGCCGUAUGACGUGAUGGAUGUCAUAGAGCAGUAUUCAGCUGGCCACUUGGACAUGCUGGCCCGCAUCAAAAACCUCCAGUCCAGGAUAGAUAUGAUUGUUGGUCCCCCUGGGCCCUCAACUCCCCGCCAUAAGAAGUAUUCAACUGAUGGACCCAAAGAGUCACCAAAAAACUCUCCUAGAGUUGACCAGAUUGUUGGUCGAAGUACUCCAAUCACAGAUAAAGACCGUCCCAAAGGAACCACUGACGGGGGGGUUGAGGAGGACCCAAGCAUGAUGGGGCGUUUGGGGAAAGUGGAGAAAAAGGUCAUGUCAAUGGAAAGAAAGCUGGACUUCUUGGUGAACAUCUACAUCCAGCGCAUGGGCAUCCCCCAGUCGGAGACUGACGCCUACUUUGGGUCCAAAGAGCCCGACCCGGCACCACCCUACCACAGCCCCGUGGACCACAUGGAAAAGAGAGGCUCCAUCACCAAGAUCAUCCGCUUCAACAGCUCGGCCGGACAGAAGAACUUCGACCCCCCGCCAGCCUGCUCUGGCCUGGGGGGCCACUGCCCCCCCUCCACCUCCUGGCAGCAGCACCCUGUCAGCGAGUUCCACCAGCGCAGCCAGGGCAACUCGCCUUCCCCCGUAGGGGAUCCCUCCCUGGUCCGCAUCCCUCCGCCACCGGCCCAUGAGCGCUCAUCUGGAGGCCACAGUGGGAGCAAUCGGGGGUCCCACCGCAACAACGGUGGUGGUGGCAGUGGCGAGGGGGAUAGAGAGGGCAAGGCAGACAGCGACACGUCCAUCUCUUUCCCCUCGGUGGACCACGAGGAACUUGAGCGCUCCUUCAGCGGCUUCAGCAUCUCCCAGUCCAAGGAAAAUCUGGACUUCCUGAACAACAGCAACUUCAGUGUUGUAGCCCGCUGCGCCAAAGUAAGGCCCUAUAUCGCAGAAGGUGAAUCCGACACUGACUCGGACCUCUGCGCCCCCUCGCCCCACUCGGCCACCGGGGAAGGCGCUUACGGGGACAGAGGGUGGUCAGGAUCCAAGUAGGCCAAAAUUGGAACUGCUUAUAUAAAUGCCUUGGAGUUCAGAGCUGAAGGUCUGAUGUGCUAGGUGUUAGGCUGCUACCACCAAUGAUACUUGUGAGAACCAAAUAACCUGGCUCCUCUUGAAUGACUGCAGCGGAGAAUGAGGAAAAAAGUUAUCACGCUCCAACGGUUUUUACUGAGAAAGCGCCUGUAGUUUUUCAAUUUGACUUAAAGCACACACAUUUGUUCUCAUGUAUUCGCACACUCAUUAACUCAAGGUUAAGUUUGCCAGUGAUUGUUUUGAUCUUUUACUCAGGAACGGAAUGCAGAUUAAUUGCCAACCUUCUAUAUUAUCAUUGAGAUGGUUAAAGAGUUAAAGAACACACUUGAAUUUGGACAAAACUAUGACAUCCAUAUUCUUUUGUUGCAUUUGAUUGUUUUUGUGGCAUAAGAGAUUCCCAAUUUCAUCUAACAUGUCAUGUAUUGUAUUUUUAUCCCAAAUGACUUAGUUCUUUACAGUGGAUAACAGAUUACAUGUUUUGCUUUAUGGUUGAUCAGCUAAAUAUAUAUAUUUCAAAGGAAUGUCUUAUUAUAGUCAACAUUAUGGCUCGUGUCCAUAAACCCUAUGGGAUGUAGGGACAUGUGAUAACCAGUUCUAUGUGCACUAUUUUAGUAGUGAUUGUUGUACACAACCCUAUAAGGCUUAUUUGCAUAAAUGUGUACAAGGCACAAACACACUGAUGAUAUUCACAUUACACUACUUACUAUAGAGAUUGCACAUAUUCUAUUCGAUACACACAAUAUUACAUUUGUGAUAUCCACAAAUAUGCUUUCUUUGGCAAGAGGUGGAGUACAACCAAUAUUGGGACAUUUUGUUUUGUCUUUAUAUGAUCUGUAAAGAUGUAUUUUAUUGAUUUUUAUAUUACAUAUUUGCAAUUAUAUUUAUUUGUUUAUUCAUUUGCUGUAAGACACAUUUGUGACAUUUAGGAAAACAUGCCGCUUGUGCAAGCACAAACACCUUGCAGCUGUCUUGAUUUUUAUAUUUUUGUUUAAUUUUGCCAAAUAGUAUUCAAAUGCACUAAUUGUCAACUAGAUCCAUGAUAUGACACUAAUAUAAAAUUACAACAGCUAUAGUUUGAUGAACGCUUUGAUAUUUUGUUGAAUUGCAUCACAUUUUUAUAAAAGCAUAAAAUCUCAUUUCAUGAUGCUACAUUUUUGUACAAAAUAUUCAGGCAUCCUAUUUAAUUAACAUCACAUAUUUUUGCAAAAGCCUCACUCACAGGCUUUGACAUGAUAUUUGAUGUGAGCCAAAUGGGGGCAUUUAACAAACGGUUUUAUCCUUUGAAAAAGCCCCUUGAUCCAUUGAUACGGCAACAUUUUGAGUGUAAUUUUUUUAAUUCAUUGAGUGAUGUUCCAUUAUUGUCCUUUCAAAGUCAAAAUAAUUUAAGAAUGAAUGUGUAAUUUUUUCCUUUCACUUUAUUAUUUAUUCAAACUUCCGUUCGCUCUGCCAAUAUUUUUGCUGCUGUUUUCCCUCCAUUUUCUCCAGUGCCGAUCAGAAUAUCUAGACAAAUAUUGAGGGCAAAGGUACACACGUAUGAAUUACUAACAGCAUAAUUUUUUUUAUUCACACUUUGUAUUGUGGAUGCACAAUGAUUGAACUGAUACAGUCUGCAACUGGAUCUAAAUAGUUUCAUCCAGAGAUGAAAAAGUAUUGUUAAAUUACUCCAUGAAUUAUUAAAUUAAUCCUCAAAUAGAGAGCUACCUUCGAACCCUUUAAAAUGCAGUCUUGCAUGAGGUAAAAUGAUAUUUUCAGCAACUGCCUUGUAAUUGUCCUGGUGACAUACAGUUGAAGUCGGAAGUUUACAUACACCUUAGCCAAAUACAUUUAAACUCAGUUUUUCACAAUU